CCUUCCCGGGGCCGGGAGCGUGACUCGCGUCGCCGGGCGCCGGUCGCUGCCGCCGGGGUAGUGGUCCCGGCCGCGGUCCGUCCCGCGCCAUGAGGUUCCUUGGCUGCUGGCCGGCCCUGCUGUGGGUGCUCGGGCUUCCCGCCCGCGGCCUGGAGGUUGCACAGGAAAGUGAUCACCUAUGGUUGAAGGAGCAGCCUGCAUCCCCUCGCCAGAUGGGGGCUGUGUACCUGAGUGAGGAGGAGCCCCCGCACCCCUCAGUGGGCCAGGACAGGGCCACAGAAGAGGCUGACAUGGUGCUGGGGCUUGACACGGCCAGCGAUCCUGUGGCAAUGCUCUCGGUGAUUCCCGGGGAGGCCGAGGACCAGCCGAGUGUGGAGCCUGGCAGCCAUGGCUCAUGCGGUCCUAGAGGCAAGGAUGGCUCGGGGUGCCAGCCCCGAGAGAGCCCCCUGACUUUGGACGGAGUGGAAACCCAUUUCCCUGAAAAAGAGGAGGACUACUAUGUCGGGCCAGAGGUGGCAGAGCCAGAUCCAUCCCCAACAGAGGAUUCCAACAGCACAGAAGGUCUCAAGUCACCCAAGGUCAACUGUGAAGAGAAAAAUGUGACGGGAUUAGAGAAUUUCACUGUGAAAAUUUUAAAUAUGUCCCAGGACCUGAUGGACUUCCUCAACCCCAAUGGCAGCGACUGCACCCUAGUCCUGUUCUACACCCCAUGGUGCCGCUUCUCCGCCAGCCUGGCCCCGCACUUCAACUCGCUGCCCCGUGCCUUUCCAGCUCUCCACUUUCUCGCCCUGGACGCAUCUCAGCACAGCAGCCUUUCUACCAGGUUUGGAACUGUGGCUGUUCCUAACAUCUUGUUAUUUCAAGGAGCAAAACCAAUGGCUAGGUUUAAUCACACUGAUCGGACACUGGAAACCCUGAAAGUAUUCAUUUUCAAUCAGACAGGUAUAGAAGCCAAGAAAAACGUGGUGGUAACUCCAGCCGACCAAGUAGGCCCCCUCCCCAGCACUCUGAUCAAAAGUGUGGACUGGCUGCUGGUAUUUUCCUUAUUCUUUCUGAUCAGCUUUAUCAUGUAUGCUACCAUCCGAACUGAGAACAUCCGGUGGCUAAUCCCAGGACAAGAGCCAGAGCACGUGGAGUGAUGGGCACUGAAGGGAGACUGGGGAGGAGGGCC